AUGCCCAGUGGAAGUGAGCCGAGACUUUCGAGCGAAUCCCAGAGUUCCCCCACGUCGUGGUGGUCCAGGUAUCUCCCAACUAGAUCUGUACGUGCAAGGCGUGGGUCUGCAGCUGACGUCGAACCAUCAGCCAUGAAGGUCGCUGACUCUCCAAAGAAGAGGAAAAGAACAUCUAGUGCCCGCCCAGGACGCAGGAUCUCGAUUCAGAUUGGCAGACACAAAGCCGCCAAUAUGGGUGACGACGGUUUGAAUGUCCGGGACUUGUUCAAAACUAAACUCAAAGAUCCUGCUCCAGUCGGGCGGUACAACCAUGCCCACAGUGAACUGUUGAAAGAAGAAGAGGAUGAUGCUUGGGACCGCGAUGCAAAACCCAAGACUACGUCUCCUUCCGAUACGAUAGAGAAGAGGACCAUGAUCAUCGUCCAUGCUUUGCGGGAGUAUGAGAGAAGGGUGACGUUUGGUAACCUUCCAUCAGAAGCAAUCCCGGGCCCAGAGACGCAGGACAUGGGUGGUCAGUUCUUGACAAAUAAGGACCGCAUUGAGACAAAGAGCAAACUCUUUGAGAUAUCAAAACUUGUGCCAAAAGGAGCUCUCUUGCAUCUGCACUUCAACUCUGAGCUUGAUCCAGAAGAGCUGUUAGCACAGGCACGGAACAUGGACAACAUGUACAUACGCAGCAUUAUGCCUUUAGAGAAGGAUGAGGCCUUUCCCGAGACGGAGAUGGUCCUUAGCGUCCUGGAUCCUGAUAAAAUCGACAGAGAUGUCGACAUUUUCUCGGAGCACUACCCAGGAACCGCAGCUAAUUGGAGAGAAGCAGACAUGCAAGCGAAAAUCUGGAUGAAAUGGUCAUAUUUCCAGGAGAAGUACAAUGCGAGGUUUCCUGAAGGUCCCGUUCAGCGCAGAGCCUCGGAAAUGCCGCUUCGUGGAUGUUGCGCAGACCCUGGGCGUCCGGCGCUAAACGCUGCUGAGUACUGGCUCAAGUCGAAGAUGAUACUCAGCCCGGAGGAAGCCUACGGCUACACGCAGACUGUCAACGGAGUGUGGGCACGCUUCAACCAAGCAACACGAUGUUUCAAGGGUCUCAUGAACUAUAAGAAAGUCUAUGAGUGGUACAUUGACCAUGCUAUCGAACGCAUGAUUAGUGAAGGUAUCAUGUAUGCUGAGCUUCGGCCAAUGCUGCUGGAUAAGUCGAUACCUACCGAUGACGGCAAAGGCCAGGUCGACAACGCUGGACAGAUGCAGAUGAUCAUCGAUGGCGUGCUUGCAAAGCAGGAGGAACUGCGAAGCCGGGGCGAAAUCAACAAGUUCCCUUUCGGUUUAAAGAUUGUCUACUGCACGCCUCGUUCGAUACCGAAGGGAAGGAUGCAAGAAGAGAUGAUGCAAUGCAUCGAGUUGAAGCAGCAGUUCCCGAAUCUUAUCUGCGGAUUCGACCUGGUAGGGGCCGAAGAUCGACCCAACCACAUUGGGUUUUACAAGGAGGAGCUUCUUGCCUUCCAAGAAACGUGCAAAGCCAAGGGUCUGGUCAUACCUUUUCUGUUCCACGCCGGCGAAACAUUGCUUGACACUGGCGGUUCUGGAGACCCAGCCAACUCCAACCUGUACGAUGCCGUCCUUCUCAAUGCGAAGCGCAUCGGCCAUGGCUUUGCCUUGAUGAAGCAUCCCCAUCUGGUGGAAAAGUUCAAGAGAGACCCUUGCAAGCCCGGUUCGGGCAUCUGCGUCGAGCUCUGCCCCAUCUCCAACGAGCUGCUCCAUCUGUGCAGAAACAUCAAAGAGCAUCCAUUCCCCGAGCUUCUAGCUGCAGGCAUUCCCUGCACGGUGAACAGCGACAACCCCUCGCUCUUCAGAAACUCGAUGAACCACGAAUUCUACCAGAUCAUGGUCGGCGCGCCCACCAUGUCGCUCUACAGCUGGAAGCAGCUCGCGCGCUGGAGCAUCGAGUACAGCUGUCUGAUGCCGAGCGAGAUCGAGCAGGGCCUGCAGAUCCUCGACAGCACAUGGCGCGACUUCUGCCAGCUGAUAGUGGACGUGUGCGACGACGAGCACGACGGCGUCAUGAACGGCGAUGAAAUCGACGGCGACAAAGCCGCGCGCUUCUACGCACACAAGACCGACUGGAAGCGCAAGCCAAUGGCCGAGUCGUCUUGA